CACAGUGGAAGUGCAACCAAACAAGCAUACUCGAAAAUAUCGAACGUCAACCCCACCUUCCUCAACAAGACAACCUCAGUUCCAUCUGCCACUCUUCUCUUCGUCCCAAAUAAACAACCAUCGCCACCAAUUUACUCUCCCCAAAUCCGCCCACAGAUGGCCGAGAAUUGCUAAGUUUAGCCCGACGGCCGCCGCGCGAUUCUUCUCUCUCUCUUUUCAAGAUUUUCUUAUGGCUUCCUCCAUUUCGGCCGGGCUUGCUUUGAAGCUGAGCCCACAAAGACUCGGUGACAAGAGCUUCCAGUUUUCUUCCAAGUUGCAGUUUCGGGAUCCGUCUCUGGUGGCCUAUCCCCUGCCCACCACCGGAACAGUCCAUGUCCGCCCGACGAGGGUGGCGCGUGAGGUUUCGCCGACGACCAUUUCGGAUUCCACCAAUGACGUCCUGGUGUCGUCCAAGUCACCCAGGCUGGAAAAGGAUCCCAAGGCUCUGUGGAAAAGGUACGUGGAUUGGCUCUACCAACAUAAGGAGCUGGGUCUAUACUUGGAUGUUAGUCGGGUCGGGUUUACUGACGAGUUCUUCCGAGAGAUGGAGCCCCGACUCCAGAAGGCAUUCAAGGAUAUGGAGGAUCUCGAGAAGGGGGCCAUCGCGAACCCGGAUGAAGGCAGAAUGGUCGGACACUAUUGGUUGAGAAAUCCGAAGCUCGCCCCCAAAGCUUUCUUGACUCAGCAGAUUGAGAAUACCUUGGAAAGAAUCUGCGACUUCGCUGAGCAAGUCAUCAGCGGUAAGAUUAGGCCUCCUCAGAAAGGUAGGUUUACACAAAUCCUUUCUAUUGGUAUUGGUGGUUCAGCUCUUGGACCACAAUUUGUCGCAGAGGCAUUGGCUCCUGAUAAUCCUCCUCUUAAGAUAAGAUUCAUUGACAAUACAGAUCCAGCUGGGAUUGAUCAUCAAAUAGCACAGCUUGGGAGUGAGCUGGAAUCUACACUUGUCAUAGUGGUCUCAAAGAGUGGAGGUACUCCUGAAACUAGAAAUGGUUUACUGGAAGUUCAAAAGGCCUUCCGUGAAGCUGGCCUGGAAUUUUCAAAACAGGGUGUUGCAAUCACACAAGAAAAUUCGUUACUUGAUAACACAGCAAGAAUUGAGGGCUGGUUAGCUAGAUUUCCUAUGUUUGACUGGGUGGGUGGUAGAACGUCUGAAAUGUCUGCUGUUGGUUUACUUGCAGCCGCACUUCAGGGUAUUGAUAUUAGAGAAAUGCUUACUGGAGCAGCCCUGAUGGAUGAAGCCAACAGGACCACACUAGUCAAGAAUAAUCCAGCAGCGCUGCUAGCUUUAUGUUGGUAUUGGGCGACUGAUGGAGUAGGAUCGAAGGAUAUGGUUGUCCUACCUUACAAGGACAGCCUAUUGUUGUUUAGUCGGUAUUUACAGCAGCUAGUCAUGGAAUCUCUUGGAAAAGAGUUUGAUCUGGACGGUAACAGGGUGAACCAAGGAAUAACUGUUUAUGGAAACAAAGGGAGCACUGAUCAACACGCCUACAUUCAACAGCUUAGAGAUGGAGUCCAUAACUUUUUUGUGACAUUCAUUGAAGUUCUACGAGAUAGGCCACCUGGUCAUGAUUGGGAGCUUGAGCCAGGUGUCACCUGUGGUGACUACCUGUUUGGGUUUUUACAGGGAACAAGGUCUGCUUUAUACGCCAAUGACCGGGAGUCUAUUACAGUCACAGUGCAAGAGGUGACACCUAGAUCUGUUGGGGCUCUAGUAGCACUCUAUGAACGAGCUGUGGGGAUUUAUGCAUCAUUGAUCAAUAUCAAUGCCUAUCACCAACCAGGAGUUGAAGCUGGCAAAAAAGCAGCUGGGGAAAUUUUAGCUCUUCAAAAGCGUGUUCUUGCGGUACUGAAUGAAGCAAGCUGUAAAGAGCCAGUUGAACCACUAACACUUGAGGAAAUAGCCUACCGUUGCCACGCCUCUGAUGAUAUUGAGAUGAUCUAUAAGAUUAUUGCACACAUGGCCGCAAAUGAUAGAGCUCUAAUUGCCGAAGGUAGUUGUGGUUCGCCACGAAGCAUUAAGGUUUUCUUAGGGGAGUGCAAUGUUGAUGAGAUGUAUGAUUGACAGACGUUGGAAAAUGGCCAUUUUCCAAGAAGUGGUGCGACGUUUUCGGUACGACGGUUUUGAGACCGCAAAAGAUGAGGUGAAUUUGUUCCGUUUGGUCCACCAAUGAUUUCGCGGCUUUUGGUGAUAAUGGGAUGAUGCUGUAUUUGUCUAGAAAUAAGAGUAUCUUCAACUUGAUGUGUGUUGUAUUUGUAAAAUCCUUGGCAGCCAAAAUGCGUUUGUCAUGGUGAAAGGCACGAAAAAAUUGUUGCAUCCAGCAGACCAGGAUGCUUCACAUCAGUGCUCUUUUAAAUUACUCACUGUAACAAUUUUCUACCUUAAUUUUGUGGUCAAAUCGUUGACUGCUUAACAGCGUUAAUACUUAUUUUAAAAGGGAUAAUUCCACCUCAAGGUUUUAUUUCC